AUGGCGAUGAACGUUGAGACAACUACCGGUCCUCUCAAUGAGACCGAGCUCCGCAGGCACAGCGUUGGCAUGUUGGAGAUCCAAGAUGCUCAUGGAAGAAGAAGAACGGUCCAGUUGGACGAGCUCAGCGCAGCCGAUCGCGCUCUGGCGGAACAAUUUGGCUACAAACCAGUCUUCAAGCGUGAAUUCGGCUAUCUUUCGACCUUCUCCUUCGCUGUCAGUAUUUCGGGGCUGUUCGCGACUACUGCCACCACCUUCGUAUAUCCGCUCGAAGCUGGUGGUUCGGCAUCAGCAGUAUGGUGCUGGUUGAUCUCUGGGGCUGGUUGCAUGUGCAUUGCGUGCUCCGUUGCCGAACUGGUGUCUGCCUAUCCGACAUGCGGUGGCCUGUACUACACCGUCUCGCGACUGGCGCCGUCCGAAUGGGUACCAUCUAUCUCCUGGGUCACUGGCUGGAUCAAUCUACUGGGACAGGUCGCUGGAGUAGCUUCUUCCGAGUACGGCUCCGCUCAGCUGCUCCUCGCUGCUGUGUCCAUAGGCCGUGAUUUCAACUGGUUCCCCACGACCAACCAGACUGUCGGUGUCAUGGCUGCUUUGACUGUUCUGUGUGGCCUUGUGAACUCACUCUCGACCUACUGGAUGGAAAAAAUGACAAAGACUUAUGUUAUUUUCCACUUUGCCGUUCUCAUCUCUUGUGCUAUCGCUCUUCUGGCCAAAACCGAGAACAAGCACGACGCCAGCUAUGUGUUUACCCAUGUCGAAGGUGAUGCCGGUUGGACUCCGAUAGGUUUCUCCUUCUUGUUCGGCUUCCUAUCAGUCUCAUGGACCAUGACGGAUUACGAUGCGACUGCGCACAUUACUGAAGAAAUCUCACAACCCGAGAUCAAAGCACCCUGGGCCAUCUCGCUAGCCAUGGCCUGUACCUACGUCCUCGGAUGGUUGUUCAACAUCGUGCUUUGCUUCUGUAUGGGCGAUCCGGCGGAAAUCCUGGCCUCUCCGAUUGUUCAACCUGUCGCUCAGAUCUUCUACAACUCCCUUGGUAAGGGAGCCGGCAUUUUCUUCACCGUCUCCGCCUUCAUCAUCCUGCAGUUCGUCUGCUUUACGGCGACACAGGCAUUGGCGCGGACAGUGUUUGCCUAUUCCCGUGAUAAGCUAAUCCCCAUGUCGUGGGUGUGGACCAAGAUCAAUCCCCUCACGCAGACCCCAUUGUAUGCGGUUUGGAUCAGUGUCUUCUGGUGUAUCGCCAUCAAUCUGAUUGCCCUUGGGUCUUACAUCGCGAUCGCAGGUGUGUUCAACGUAUGUGCGAUUGCUCUCGACUGGUCGUACGUCAUUCCCAUCGUUUGCAAACUGGCAUUCGGUAAAUUCAAACCCGGACCCUGGCACAUGGGUAGGUUUUCGCCAUACGUCAAUGCUUGGGCUUGCAUCUGGACGUUCUUCGUCUCAAUUAUCUUCAUUCUUCCGACCAUACGACCCGUCACGGCUCAGAACAUGAACUACGCCAUUGUAUUCUUGGCCUUCAUCUUGCUCUGCGCCGCGGUAUUCUGGUACCUUGGUGGCAAGCGAUAUUACACUGGACCUUUGAUUGAGGCAGAAAUUCAAGAAGGAGAGAUUGCUUCACCUUCUCUGUCUGGGGACGAGAAGAAGGAAGCGAAAAGUGGAACUCCCGAUGCUGUCGCAUAA